AUGCCGGACAGAGAUCGCCUCACCGAGUCCUCUCCUGGUUGUGCCGUUACUCGAAAGAAAAAUAUCAAGGAAGCCCCUGCACAGAAGGGUUCUGGAGCUUCGAGGUGCACCAAGACAAGUGGGAGUGAUUCUAGCUCGAAACCUCCAGCGCCUUCGAAGCGAAAAAUUCCUCAGACAGCUGCUUCAGAUGACGAAGAUAAAUCUCCUCCUCGUACUAGACAAGCAAUAAAAAAAAGACAGAAAACUGCCACCCCUUUAACCAAAGAAAAGGGAUCUGGGACUUCGAAGCUUACUUCGUCAAGUGAUAACGUAUCUUCUGAUGAAUCACCCUUAAAGGUUGCUAGUACUGUCCCCAUUGUAGAGAGCCACAACUCAAGCCCAGAUAAUGAUGAUGUGGGCACAACUACUUCUGAUCUCAAAACCUUAAGUCUCAACCUUGAUCUUGACAAUCUUCAAGGUGCUUCUCGACACAAAUCUCAUGUGCUUUCUCCGGUUAUCAAAGACGCUCAGCCCCUUGCAACCAUCAUUCCAACUGUGCCUGCUGAAGAAAGUCAUUCAAAUGAUGAUUCUCCACCUACUCAUCAAGAUGAAAAUAUGGGGGAAAAUCCUCAAUGUUCAGAUAGUGAUAAUGCAGCCGGACAACCAACUGGCAGCGAAGAUACUAUAUCUGAGCAAGAUGCUGCAGAGGAAACUUCCAAUUUGCCCACACCCGGUCCUCACGAAACUUCGACCUUCGGGACUAUAGUUACUCCUGUAACUACUUCGAAGUAG